AUGAGUCAGCCACCGAUCGGGGGCGCUACACCUGCUACUGCAGCUUCAGGCUCCGCCGCUGCCGCCACUGAGGCUCGCCUGCAUCCGGAGGGUAGCAGCAGAAAGCAGCAGCGAGCUCAAUCACCCGCCAGGCCGAGGGACAAUUCGAUCAGACAGACCACCGCGGCCCCUCGGUCCCCAGUGGGGGCUGGCACUAAGCUCAAUUCUGUUCGGCAGCAGCAGCAGCAAGGCAACAAGACCGGCAGCCGAGCCGCGCCGGCAACCAGCGCCCGGGGAGGCGGAGGCGGAGCUGAGAAGGCGGCGACCCAGGCUCCCAAAGGCGCUGGGUCCGGAGCUGUCCAACCUGCGCCUGGUGCUGAAGCUUUCCCGGCGGCGACCCUGGCCACAGUGGGUGGCAAGAGGCCGGGCCAGCUGGAGGAGUCGCCCAGGGAGCUAGAGUUGGUACCUUCCAAACUCGGGGAACCCCCUCCGCCCAGGGAAGGAGGAGGAGCCGGCGGAGGCCCGGGAGAAAGGGAGGGGGGCGCGCCGCCGCCGCCGCCCAGGGGCUGGCGAGGGAAAGGCGUGCGCGCUCCGCAGAGGGGCGGCAGCAGCGGGGAGGAGGCCUCCCUUUCACCAUCCUCCUCUUCUGCGGGCAAAACCAUAGGCCCCAGCGGCAGAAACCCCGGAAGCGGUAUUGCGGGGGGCGCCAGCAGCGGCGGAGGGACCUACUGGAAGGAAGGAUGUCUGCAGUCUGAGCUCAUCCAGUUUCACCUCAAGAAGGAGCGGGCGGCGGCGGCGGCGGCGGCAGCCGCAGCUCAGAUGCACACUAAGAACGGCGGCGGCAGCAACAGCCGCAGCUCCCCAGUCGCCGGCGCCAGUGCCGUUUGCGAACCCCUUGCGAUCUCUUCCGCCUCCCCAAUGGCGGCGGCGGCUGAGGGCCCCCAGCAGAGCAGCGCGGAGGGCAGCGCGAGCGGCGGGAGCAUGCAGGCAGCUGCGCCUCCUUCGUCGCAGCCGCACCCCCAGCAGCUCCAGGAGCAAGAAGAAAUGCAGGAGGAGAUGGAAAAGCUUCGAGAGGAGAACGAGACGUUGAAGAACGAGAUCGAUGAGCUGAGGACAGAGAUGGACGAGAUGAGGGACACUUUCUUCGAGGAGGAUGCCUGUCAGCUGCAGGAAAUGCGCCACGAGUUGGAGAGAGCCAACAAAAACUGCCGGAUUCUGCAGUACCGCCUCCGCAAAGCAGAGCGCAAAAGGCUUCGCUACGCUCAGACUGGGGAAAUAGACGGCGAGCUACUGCGCAGCCUGGAGCAGGACCUCAAGGUUGCAAAGGAUGUGUCUGUGAGACUACACCAUGAAUUGGAAAAUGUAGAAGAAAAGAGAACAACAACUGAAGAUGAAAAUGAGAAACUGAGGCAACAGCUUAUAGAAGUUGAGAUUGCAAAGCAAGCUUUACAAAAUGAACUGGAAAAAAUGAAAGAGUUAUCCUUAAAAAGAAGAGGAAGCAAAGACUUGCCAAAAUCUGAAAAAAAGGCUCAACAGACUCCUACAGAGGAGGACAAUGAAGAUCUGAAAUGCCAGCUACAGUUCGUUAAGGAAGAAGCUGCUUUGAUGAGAAAGAAAAUGGCCAAGAUUGAUAAAGAAAAGGACCGAUUUGAACACGAGCUCCAGAAAUACAGAUCCUUUUAUGGGGAUCUGGACAGUCCUUUGCCCAAAGGAGAAGCCGGAGGACCUCCCAGCACUAGGGAAGCUGAGCUUAAGCUUCGACUGAGGCUGGUGGAGGAGGAAGCCAACAUCCUGGGUAGGAAAAUCGUCGAACUGGAAGUAGAGAACCGUGGCCUGAAGGCAGAACUUGAUGACUUGAGAGGCGAUGACUUCAACGGAUCAGCGAACCCCCUCAUGAGGGAGCAGAGUGAAUCCUUGUCGGAGUUACGACAGCACCUGCAGCUAGUGGAAGACGAGACGGAGCUCCUGCGGAGGAACGUGGCUGACCUGGAGGAACAGAACAAGCGCAUCACAGCGGAGCUCAACAAGUACAAGUACAAGUCAGGCGGCCACGACAGCGCACGGCACCACGAUAGCGCCAAGACCGAGGCCCUGCAGGAGGAGCUGAAGGCUGCGCGCCUGCAGAUCAACGAGCUCAGCGGCAAGGUCAUGCAGCUGCAAUACGAGAACCGUGUGCUCAUGUCCAACAUGCAGCGAUAUGACCUGGCCUCGCACCUGGGCAUCCGGGGCAGCCCCCGCGACAGCGACGCUGAGAGCGACGCAGGCAAGAAGGAAAGCGACGACGACUCCCGGCCUCCGCACCGCAAGCGCGAAGGGCCCAUUGGCGGCGAGAGCGACUCGGAGGAGGUGCGCAACAUCCGCUGCCUCACGCCCACCCGCUCCUUCUACCCGGCGCCCGGGCCCUGGCCCAAGAGCUUCUCUGACCGGCAGCAGAUGAAGGACAUCCGCUCCGAGGCCGAGCGCCUCGGCAAGACCAUCGACCGGCUCAUCGCCGACACCAGCACCAUCAUCACCGAGGCGCGCAUUUACGUGGCCAACGGGGACCUGUUUGGACUGAUGGAUGAGGAGGACGACGGGAGCCGCAUCCGCGAACACGAGCUGCUCUACCGCAUCAACGCGCAGAUGAAGGCCUUCCGCAAGGAACUGCAGACCUUCAUCGACCGCCUCGAGGUGCCCAAGUCCGCCGAGGACCAUGGCGCUGAGGAGCCCAUAUCCGUGAGUCAGAUGUUCCAGCCUAUCAUUUUACUUAUUCUCAUUCUUGUAUUAUUUUCAUCACUUUCUUACACAACAAUAUUUAAACUUGUCUUCCUUUUUACGCUGUUUUUUGUGCUGUAA